CAAGGACACAUCUAAAACCUGAAGGACACUGGCCCUGAUUCACUGUAGUGGGAGCAGCCAGCAAAAGAAGACAGCUCUGUUAUCGUCCUCAGGAAGUGUGUCCGUCGCAAAAAGAUGUCCGACACGUGCGACAGCAUAUAUCGUCCGUGCAGCUAACGGUAACACAAACGUUCAGCCGCCUGUGGUUUCACGCAGCAGAUUCACGGAACAUGAAGCUCCAGCUGGGUGGAUGAGCCUUUUUUAAAAACAUGAGUGGGGAUGUGUGCGGAGUUUCAGACGGCAUGGAUUACCAGAUUUUACAGGCUGUGUGCGAUGAGGAUACCUUGUCUUCUUCGUCCGUGGGGAUGUCAGAUUUGUCUGAUGAAAUCCUGCUAUGCAUCCUGCGCCAUAUUCCAGUGUGUGACCUGCUGCUGAAUGUGGCAAAUGUCUGCCAGAAGCUUAACACGCUGUGCCAUGACAAGACCCUGCUCACACAUGUCAGCCUGUCUGAGGAUUAUUGGGCUGAUGACGCAUUGGUUCGACGCAUACUAAAGCAGCUGGCCAAUCAUGUGCAGUCUCUGAGCCUGAAUGGCUGCUACUGGCUAUCUGGCUCCACCAUGGAGCACAUCGCACGCUGCAGAGGAGUGACGCACCUAGAUGUCACCGGUUGUCGCAUCACUUCACUUCGCCUGUCCCGUCUCCUCUCCUCCCUCGCUUUCCUCAAAUCCCUCGCUUUUGACGUGGCACCAGGUUUCAACUCUGCUCAGCUCAGCUCAGAGGCAGUGGAUGCACUGAGCCGCCUGUCAGAGCUUAGGCAGAUGCUGUUGACACCAAGCUACGGUGUAGUGCCAUGCUGUGCCCAACUCCGCAAGCUGAUGUUGCAGUUUGACAUCCCAGAUGUGACCAAAGAGGGUGUCGGCGUUUGCUGUCAGUUAAUGGUCGGUCAGAGCAGCGUGCCACAUUACAAACAGCUUGAGGAGUUCACUGCCAGGCUGGCUCCAGGAGAGGUAAACCAGACCCUGCUCCUCCUAUACCUGGCAGUGUUCAGCGUUAACGUUCCGAAGCAUCUCAGAGUUUUCCUUGUGUCCAUCCCCGGCCCAAACCCGGCUCCCUGGCCUGCUGCUCCCUCAGUGGCUCAGAGCUUGGGUGAGCGGGGCGACCUGGUUGCCCUGCAGCUCCCUCGGUCAUGGCUGGACUCUGCAUCGCUCAAGCAAGCUCUGGAAGGAAACAGCCCCAAACACCUUAGCUUCAGCCGAUGCCCGGCAUUGUGGCCACAGGUGUUCCAGUCGCUGUUGAACAGUGGUGUAAGAGACGCCACGCAGCUGGUUAGUCUGAAUCUGAGCGGGAUCAACCACGUUCCUUACUCGGAGUGCAGGAUUGUGGAAGAUCAGCUGGCUGCUGGGACAAUGAGCCAGCUGGCAGACAGCUGUUCCAACAUUAAAUACCUAAACUUGAUGCACACACAUUAUCAUCAUGAAAACUCACCUGGGCUGGAAGGGGAAACCCACCUGUGUGCCAGCUUGGCCAAAUUCAGACACCUGCUGUCUCUCACUCUCCCUGCCUGCGCCCUGUCAGACGGUUUAAAUACAAAUCACACGCAAAUGCAGAACACUCAUCUCUCUCCGCUUUUCCAGGGAUUGAAGAAGGUUCCUCGUGUGGGCCUCCAGAAUUACAAGCCUGCCUCAGAGUCCUCUGUGUCAGGGGACAGCACAUCGGGGCUCGCUUUGCUGUUAGCUGGCUGCCUUUUUUUAGAGACCUUUGAGCUUAUCGGUCCAGGCUUUGCUUCCACACUGCCUCGGCUUGAGCCGUGCACUCGUGCAAGCGUGGAGCCUCGUGGCAUGUGCGCUUGGGCACGAGGAAUUGGAGACGCACAUUUGGCGGUGCUUGAGGCUUUGCCUCAAUUGCGUCGCCUGACUCUGGCUGGUCUUCCUGGAGUUCUUAGGGGAACGGGACUGGUACAGCUGGCAAAGCAGUGCAGAGACCUGCGAGUAUUAUCCCUCGCCAAUCUGGGUUCGCUGAAAACCAUGAACUACACCGCUGCCUUGCUGGACACACUUAAACAGUGCACGCAGCUACAGGAGCUCAGGUUGGAGCAGCCCUACCUGAAUGCGAAUGCGUCGUUCUUCGAGGCUUUGUCCUGCUGCUCCCGACUGCAGCGCGUCUGCCUUAUUUCACGCUGUGGCACUUUUGACCCAUCAGCCACAGAAACUUUCAUGGAGCGGUGCUGCCAUGUCGUCAUGUGCCACAUGUUCAUGGGUGGCACCUUAGUGAUGUGUCGCACGCUGCAGAAAGCUCUGCUGGACAGGUUCUCAGCAGAGCGCCCGGCACUCAGUGUGGUCAUCUAUCCGUUACAACACGAAGACCUACCCUCAGUCAUCAGAGAUAUCCCAUUAACACUGCUGGACCGGAUCACUUUGUUUCAGAGCCACGUGGCUCAACCACCACAUUUAUCACCAUUGUGACCUCAUCAGGAUGCUUUAGUGUGAUUGGUGCUCAGCAGUUGAGGUGCUCAUCAUUUUUUUUUUUUUUUUUUUUUUUUUUCUCCUCUUGCACGAAAUAAAAUCCACAAAUGAUGCUGAGACUGAAUGUCAUCAGCACCAUCAUUUCUGUUUGUGUGCUCCACGAUUGUUUACAUUUACACCGGUGAUCAUCUUUCCAAGGGAAAUAGACUCACUCAGGCUCACGGUUCGUUCCAGGAUGUUUCAGAUGUACUGCGGCUCUGUGACGGUUGUGGCUUCUCUAUCACAAAUCAUUGCAGUUCCUUUAAAAUGAAGUGCCAAAAUGGAUUUUAGGAUGCAUUUGUAUUUUAAACUUUGUACCAAAUAUCAUAAUAAAGUCUGUGUAAAUAAUUUUUAA